AUGGCGAACACCGAUGCGGGAGAGACCUCCCGGCGAAGACCACUGAAAGUGACUGACGCGUUGGUCUUCCUCAGCUUGGUGAAGGUGGCACUACAAGGGACCCCUGAUGCUUACAAGCGCUUUGUUAAGCUGCUCAAGGAUUUUAAGAGUCGCUCGGUGGGAACGGAGGCCGUGAUUGAAAAUGUAUCAACUCUGUUCAAGGGACAUCCAAACUUGAUUCAAGGCUUCAACAUCUUCCUUCCGGAAGGCUACCAGAUCGGCUGUACUGUCGAUGGUCUUACAAUCACGGUGACGACUCCAACGAGCGUCAUAACUCGUACUGCGAAGGGGAAUACCACCUUAGACCAUGCCUAUAACCCCACUCUGGACGUACUCUACUCACUGAACAACGACGUAUCCAUGCAUGUCGGUGGAACGGGCCUGCAGACCCCUCUCUCUUUCACCCAGUACCUCAGAACCCACACGGCGAAGGACCCGGCAAAGUAUGCAAAAUUCCUGGAGGCGCUCCGUUUACAAGCAUCGGUAGCAGGAGAAUCACAGGACUUUUCUACAAGUAGCGACAAUCAUUUUUCCUCCGAAACAGAAUUUCUGCGACGCAUCGCAAGGCUAUCCCGGGACUUCCCAGGCAUUGACAGGGAGUUCUUGAAUUUCCUGCCGAAGGGCCAUCCACACCGGAAGGUUCUCAGAGACCUUAUAGCAUCGAAUCAAACAACCGUCGACUCGUCUGGCGGAAAUAUGGCACAGAAUCUUGUAUCGGCCGUGGAUGCAAGUGUGGCCACCAAACGAAAGCGAAGUCACUCAGAAAUCGAGAGCGAGCGCCUCUCAGAAGGCACGUACGGCAAGACAGUAUCCGCCGCCGAGGAAAGCAGCCGUACAGAUUUCUCGAAUGUGUCUCUGUCUGCGCCCCCGUCUCUUGCCAACAACGACACGCUCGAAACCCCCCCAGCACUGCUCAAUACUCUCCCACUCCUUCGUUCUUUCACGCCUACCGCUUCUAUCCGUCCCUCUCAAGACGACCCCUUCUUCAGCCGUGUUAAGGAGGCGUUGGGAAACCAAGAAACAUAUCACGAGUUUCUCAAACUCGUGAACCUUUUUACACAAAAUGUCAUUGAUGCCGCGUGGCUUGUGCGCGAAAGUAGAUCGUUUCUAGGCGAAGGGGAGCUUCUCGAACAGUUCAAGGAGACCCUCUCCUGGUCAAAUUGGGCAGAGAGCGCGGCAUCAGUUGAACAUGUAUGGCUCAAGCCCAGGGCAGUUCUUGACAGGCCUAGCAUUGACCAGCUGAAUAGCCGAUAUGGGAGUUACCGUAAAUUACCUGCUGACGAAAUUGGCGUGCCAUGUUCUGGUCGGGACGACCUAUGUUAUUCCGUGCUGAAUGACGAAUGGGCCUCGCAGCCUACAUUUGCAACAGAGGAUACGGUCUUCCAAGCUCACAAGAAGAACGUGUAUGAGGAGGCGUUGCACCGCAGCGAAGAAGAGCGGCACGAAUACGAUUUCUACAUCUUCGCACUUGAGCGCACUAUUCAGCUCCUUGAAACGCUCAACACAAAGCUAGGGCAGCUCAGUUCUAUUGCGAGGCGCGAUUUCAGACUUCAACCCAAUGUCGAUGGUUACGGCAAAGGGAUACACCUGCGGGUACUCAAGAAGCUCUACGGUUCGAGUGCAGGUCAGGCAGUCUACCAGGAAUUACACAAGAGGCCCGCGGACGCGAUUCCUCCUGUAUUAGAGCGCCUCAAGCCUAAACUCAUGGAAUGGAGGCGGGCCCAAACUGCGUGGGACAAGAUAUGGCGAGAGCUAGAUGCACAGAAUUACCACAAGUCUCUAGACCAUCAAGCCAUCUCGUUCAAGGUCGUCGAAAAGAAAGCACUCACAGCUAGAUCGCUUGUCAGUCAAAUCGAGGCGGCUAAAGACGAGCAGGUAGCUGCUUGGAGGCGUGCAUCUACUUCUGAAUCGCGACGGGGUGGUCUGAAGCCACAGUAUCAACUAGGAUAUGCUAUGGAUGACUUGACAAUUCUCGGGGAUUCUCUCGAACUGUCUUUCUCAUACCUGGAUCAUAUGUCGAUCAACGCAAUUGAGAAAAACAGGAUCCAGACAUUUUUGCGAACAUUCAUAUCCCUUUUCUUCGCCCAAGAACUCACCACAAUGGAUGCAUCAUGUAAUCCACAGAACAGCGAUGGUCCCGAAGACGUUAUACAUUCUUCUGCAAUACAUAUUUUUACGCCCUCAUACGGCUUAUUGAGGUUAAUAACAUACUCCCGCUUGGCCUCAUUCAAGAUGCUGUCCAAGAGCUUCGAUGAGGAAACCAGUGAAAGUGGCCUACAACCUUGUGUCCAAAACCGCUACCGCGAGCUCCUGGUCUUGUGUAAAAAUCUCUUUAGCGCAGAGCUUGACCAGCCCACAUUUGAAGAACGGCUGCACUCGCUGUUCGGGCUCAAGGUGGCUUACAUCAUGUUCACUGCGGACAAAGUUGUUGGAUCGCUAGUGAAGCAGGCACAACACGCGAUUUCGGACACAGCGAGUCAACAACUACUGCAUCUGCUCCGACGCGAUAGAGGGAUAUCUCUACUCACAGCGCAGGAUCAGAUGCAUGCACGUCGCAAUGCAGAAAGCAUCGUGGGCCCAGACGAAAACCUAUUCAGGAUCGAUUGGCUUCUCGGAAAGGAUGACUCCGGUUCUACUGACUGCGAAGUCGUCACAGGACGCUGGCAGGCGUCUUCCCGCAUCUUCGCAUCUUCGCAGGCCAUUCCUACUUCGGACGAGACGGCCCCUAAUUUCUCCACCACGGAUAGCCACAAGCGGAAGCCUCCAAGUCAAAAUCUGCGUGCGAACCUACCGACUUUUCUUUGUUUCCAAUACAGCAGAAAGCUUGUUGCAUCUAACAAGUAG